UGUGACGGCGGACGGACGGAGAGAUGAAGAUGGCGCAGCACCCGGCGCUGAAGAGUAUCCCUGCUCACCGCGUAAAAUAACGGAAAACUGCAUCGAUUACGCGCGAGAGAGCGCCACGCGCGAGAAACGCUCAAGGUUUGCUCGUCCUCGCGCUGUUUUGUCGGAUUCCAGCGGUAAAUCACGACUGGCCGAGUCAACGAAAUAAAUAAAUGAUCGCCUGCGUCCUCAGAUGUUGCCGCCGCCGCAUCCAUAACGCACGGAUGGGGAACCUGAGCUGACGCGUGAAACAUGUCGAUUGUUUUAUCAAACACACGGCUGUGAGAUAAAAAAAACACGUCUGACCGUCUGCUCCAACUUUACAGUGUCAUCGUGCAUGACAUUUAACCGAAACUCUUCUGAUAUCUUGGCUAUUUUACCGGGAUCAUGUGGACACCGACCGAGGACGAGAAAAUCGGAGUGGUGGUCUGUAGUUUCCGCGGAUCAGUGUCACUUGGUCUGACUCUAGAGCUUGGAGAAACGGUUCACAUCCUUGAGAAAUGUGAAGGAUGGUACCGAGGAUUUUCCACCAAGAAACCUUCAAUCAAGGGGAUCUUCCCAGCAGGCUACGUUCACUUGAAGAAGGCUGUCGUCACGAACAGGGGGCAAUAUGAGACGGUGGUCCCGCUGGAGGACCCCAUCAUCACAGAGGUCACCUCUACGCUGCAGGAGUGGUCUGUCCUGUGGAAGCAGCUCUAUGUGAAGCAUAAAGUCGACCUCUUUUACAAGCUCCGUCACGUGAUGAAUGAGUUGAUUGAUCUGAGGCGACAACUGCUUUCAGGCCAUCUGACCCAGGAACAAGUCCGUGAAGUCAAACGCCACAUCACUGUACGACUGGACUGGGGCAAUGAACACUUAGGCUUAGAUCUGGUGCCCAGGAAAGAGUUUGAAAUGGUUGAUGCGGACCAGAUCAGCGUUUCCGAUCUCUACAAAAUGCACCUAUCCAGCAGACACAGCGUCCAGCAAAGCACAACCCAGGAUGGCGGAAAACAAAGACAUGGGGAUUCGUGUCGAAUGCCUGUACCGCACCAUCUCUUUGUCAACCUAAAGAGCUUCACAUACAACACCAUCGGCGAGGACACAGACAUCUUCUUCUCUUUGUAUGACCUGAGAGAGGGCAAGCAAAUCAGUGAGAAGUUUAUGGUGAAACUCAACAAAAAUGGCGGCCCAAAAAACCCAGAGAAGGUCGACCGUCUCUGCGCCCUCUUUACGGACUUAAGCAACAAGGACAUGAAGAGAGAUCUGUACAUUGUGUCCCAGGUCAUCAGGACGGGGCGGAUGUUGUUAAACGACUCGAAGAAAGGCCCCCCUCACGUCCAGUACCGCCGGCCGUACGGAUGCGCAGUGCUGGCCAUGAGCGACGUCCUUCAGACCAUCUCUGAACUCAAAGAGGAGAAAGACUUUGUGCUCAAAGUUUACACGUGUAAUAAUGAAAACGAGUGGUACCAGAUUCAUGAGAACAUCAUCCGCAAGUCCAGCACCAAAUACACCGCUCCCAGCACUAACUACGGUCUAAUCAUCUCACUGCAGCUGUUGAGGGGCGACAUGGAGCAGGUGCGCAGGGAAAACCCCAUGAUAUUCAACCGCGGUGUGGCCAUCACACGCAAACUGGGCUUCCCCGAUGUGAUCAUGCCAGGCGACAUACGCAAUGACCUCUACCUCAUGCUGGAGAGAGGAGACUUUGAGAGAGGAGGCAAGAGCGUUCAGAAGAACAUCGAGGUCACCAUGUAUGUGCUCUAUGCUGACGGCGAGAUCCUCAAAGAGUGCAUUAGUCUGGGCUCAGGAGAACACAACAUCAGCGAGUACCGCUCUUUUGUCCUCUACCACAAUAAUAGUCCUCGCUGGAGUGAGGUCAUCAAACUGCCCAUCCCCAUUGACCGUUUCCGCGGCUCCCAUCUGCGCUUUGAGUUCAGACACUGCUCAACAAAGGACAAAGGAGAAAAGAAGCUUUUUGGCUUUGCUUUCACUCCACUUAUGAGAGAAGAUGGCACCACACUGUCAGAUGAGAGCCAUGAGCUUUACGUCUACAAGUGUGAUGAAAACACCACCUUCAGUAACCAUGCGCUGUACCUGGGUCUGCCCUGCUGUAAAGACGACUUCAACGGCUGCCCCAACAUCCCGUCCAGCCUCAUCUUCCAGCGCAGCACUAAGGAAACCCUCUGGAUAUCCACUCAGCUCUCUUCCACCAAACUAACACAGAAUGUUGAUCUGCUAGCCUUGUUGAAGUGGAAAGCCCAUCCAGAACGUGUAAUGGACAUAUUGGGGCGAUUGCGGCACGUCUGUGGGGAAGAAAUAGUCAAAUUUCUUCAAGACAUCCUCGACACGCUGUUCUCCAUUCUGGAUGACAACACAGACAAAUAUGGACCCCUGGUGUUUCAGUCGCUGGUGUUCAUCAUCAAUCUGCUCAGGGACAGUAAGUUUUAUCACUUCCGUCCUGUGAUGGACACGUACAUCCAGAAGCAUUUUGCUGGAGCACUGGCUUAUAAAGAGUUGAUUCGCUGUCUGAAGUGGUAUAUGGACCGAUCAGCAGAAGUUGUUCGACAGGAUCACAUCCAGGAUGCCAUGAGGGCUCUAGAGUACCUGUUUAAAUUCAUCGUCCAGUCACGAAUCCUCUACUCCCGUGCCACCUGUGGGAUGGAAGAGGACCAAUUUCGGGCUAGCAUCCAGGAGCUUUUCCAAUCCAUCCGUUUCGUGCUCAGUCUGGACAGCCGCAGCUCUGAGACACUCAUUUUCACCCAGGCUGCCCUACUCAACUCAUUCCCAGCUAUUUUUGAUGAGCUCCUCCAGAUGUUCACAGUACAGGAAGUAGCAGAGUUUGUGAGGGGAACUCUGGGUAGCAUGCCUAGUACGGUCCACAUCGGUCAGUCCAUGGAUGUGGUCAAGCUGCAGUCCAUUGCUCGGACAGUGGAUAGCAGGCUUUUCUCCUUCCCAGAAUCAAGGAGAAUUCUACUUCCUGUUGUUCUCCAUCAUAUUCAUCUGCAUCUGCGCCAACAGAAGGAGCUUCUGAUCUGCUCGGGAAUCCUGAGCAGCAUUUUCUCCAUUAUUAAGAGCAGCUCACUGGAGAGCUCUGUGCAGGAGGAGGUAGAGAUGAUGGUGGAGAGUUUGUUGGAUGUGUUGUUGCAGACGCUGUUGGCCAUCAUGAGUAAAUCUCAGUCUCAGGAGGCGGUAAGAGGGCAGCGCUGUCCACAGUGCACGGCUGAGAUCACUGGGGAGUACGUGUCCUGCUUGUUGUCCCUCCUUCGUCAAAUGUCGGACAUUCAUUUUCAACACCUAAUGGACAACUUCCAAAGCAAAGAGGAGCUAAAGGAGUUCUUGCUGAAGAUUUUCUGUGUGUUCAGAAACCUGAUGAAGCUCAGUAUAUUCCCACGUGACUGGAACGUCAUGCGACUGCUGACCAACAAUAUCAUUGUGAGCACAACCCAGUAUCUGUCACCUGCUCUUCAUAAAAGCUUUACGGAUGCUGACUUUGAUUUUAAGGUGUGGAAUUCGUAUUUCAGUCUGGCAGUGUUGUUUAUCAACCAGCCUAGUCUACAGCUGGAGAGUCUGACACCAGCCAAGCGGAAGAAGGUCUUUGACAAAUAUGGUGAUAUGAGGGUCAUGAUGGCUUACGAGCUGUUUAGCAUGUGGCAGAAUUUGGGUGAGAAUAAGAUUCACUUCAUACCAGGAAUGAUUGGCCCAUUUUUGGGUGUGACGCUUGUACCACAAAUUGAAGUCCGAAAUAUAAUGAUCCCCAUCUUUCACGAUAUGAUGGACUGGGAACAGAGAAAGAACGGCAACUUCAAACAGGUGGAGGCAGAACUGAUAGACAAACUGGACAGUCUGGUGUCCGAAGGCAAAGGCGACGAGAAUUACAGAGAACUCUUCAGUUUGCUAACUCAGCUGUUUGGGCCGUAUCCCAGUCUGUUGGAGAAGAUCGAGCAGGAGACCUGGAGGGAGACGGGCGUCUCUUUCGUCACAUCUGUCACGCGGCUCAUGGAACGACUGCUAGACUACAGAGAUUGCAUGAAAGGCGAUGAGACAGAAAACAAGAAGAUCGGCUGCACUGUCAACCUGCUGAAUUUCUACAAAUCGGAGAUUAAUAAAGAGGAGAUGUACAUCCGAUACAUUCACAAGCUGUGUGACAUGCACCUGCAGGCUGAAAACUACACAGAGGCGGCGUUCACCCUCCUGCUGUACUGGGAGCUGCUCCACUGGGAGGAAAGACCCCUCCGGGAGUUCCUGCACUAUCCUGCGCAGAGCGAAUGGCAUCGCAAAGAAGGUCUUUGUCGUAAGGUCAUCCACUACUUCAACAAGGGAAAGUGUUGGGAGUAUGGCAUCCCGCUGUGCCGGGAGCUAGCCUUCCAGUAUGAGUCCCUGUACGAUUAUCAGAGUCUCAGCUGGAUACGGAAAAUGGAGGCGGCAUAUUACGACAACAUCAUGGAGCAGCAGCGACUAGAGCCGGAGUUCUUCAGGGUGGGAUUUUAUGGCCGGAAGUUCCCCUUCUUCCUCAGGAAUAAGGAGUUUGUUUGUCGAGGGCAUGACUACGAGAGACUCGAAGCCUUUCAGCAAAGAAUGCUGGGAGAAUUUCCACAAGCUAUCGCCAUGCAGCACCCAAAUCAACCAGAUGAGGGGAUUUUACAGGGUGAUGCCCAGUACCUCCAGAUCUACGCUGUGAAUCCAGUUCCAGAAAACAUUGAUGUGCUGCAGACGGACCGCGUGCCGGACCGCAUCAAGAGCUUCUACAGAGUCAAUAAUGUCCGACGCUUCCGUUACGAUCGCCCCUUCCACAAGGGGUCCAAAGACAAGGAAAAUGAGUUUAAGAGUCUCUGGAUCGAGCGGACCACACUUAUCCUCACCCAUCCUCUUCCCGGCAUCUCCCGCUGGUUUGAGGUGGAUAAGCGUGAGCUGAUUGAGGUUAGUCCGCUGGAGAAUGCCAUAUAUGUUGUGGAGAACAAGAACCAGGAGCUGCGCACCUUGAUCAGUCAGUACCAGCACAAGCAGCUUCACGGAAACAUCAACCUGCUCAGCAUGUGCCUCAACGGGGUGAUCGACGCCGCCGUCAACGGAGGAAUCGCCAGAUACCAGGAAGCAUUCUUCGAUAAAGAGUACAUUAGCAGUCACCCAGAGGAUACGGAGAAGAUCACCCAACUCAAGGAUCUGAUGCAGGAACAGGUUCACAUCCUCGGCAUGGGUCUGGCUGUUCACGAGAAACUGGUGCAUCCGGAAAUGCGUCCCCUGCACAAGAAACUGAUCGAUCAGUUCCAGAUGAUGAGGAGCAGCCUCUGUCAUUGUUUCUAUGUGGCCCUGCAGGGCCUGCCCGGUCUGGAUAAGCUGAGUCCGGCCUGCUCAGGGUCCAGCACCCCACGCGGCAUCCUCGCCACCCACAGUCCCAUGAGUCCUGACAGUAUCAAGCUCAUGCACCGGCACAGCCCUCUGAAUGUGUUGGGCUCUGUCCGCCACUCCUCCUCUUCUCUCUCCUCUCACACCUCCAGUGAGACAGGAAACCUGCUCAUCCUGACAGACAGUAUGAUGGAGCACCCGGAGGACCUCUACCGCAUGCAGCCCAGUCCAUCAUCGUCCAGUUUGAGCUCAACGCAUUCAGCUCCGUCUCAGAUGAUCAACUCGGGGCACAGCAGCAUCAGAGUUGGGUCCCCAUCACUACCUGACAGAUACAGACACAACCGAGAGAUGUUGAUGCUCCUACCACCACACAGGGACCGUCCCAGCAGUGCCAUGUACCCAAACAUGACCGAGAAUGGACAGCCUACUAACCAUCAGAGGGCUCUUUACCAUCAGGUUAUUGGUCCCUGCAAACCCUGCAGUGACCCCAAUCUCUCUGUGGCUGAUAAAGUGUUGACAGCUCCCAGCAGCUGGAGUUUGGACAGUGGCACCAGGGACACUCUGCCUUUCAUCUCUGCUCAUCUCGGGAGUGUGAUGGCCCCACCAAUUCCCCCCCGCACCCUUCCUCCCGGACACUUCUCGAUGCACUUUGAUGCUUUCCACCACCAGAUCAACGAACUCCCUCCAGCUCUCCCUGCGCGCUCUUUAAGAAAGUCGCCCCUGCACCCUAUACCUGCCUCACCCACCAGUCCACAAUCGGGCCUGGAUGGCAGUAACUCCACCUUGUCCGGCAGCGCCAGCAGUGGUGUCUCCUCCUUGAGCGAGAGCAACUUCGGCCAGUCCUCCUCCGAGCCUCCGGCUCGAGCCGACACCUUGGACUCGAUGCCGAGCAGCCAGGCCUGGACCACAGACACGGAGGAAGCCGAGAGUCCCUACCUACCUGUACGCUACAGCGUCUCCGAGCCUGAAGUUCUGGACCCUCUCAAACCCACUCCCUGCCGUAGUCAUUCAGCCCCAUUGGGCGUAACCCCAGGGAUGCCCACCGAUGGGCACCACCAUCAUCACCUCCAUCUCCACCAUCCCCACCCACAUGCAAUACACAUCACCCAUCCGCACUAUCACCACCAUGAGCUUGCACCUGCUCUGCCUCUCAAACCUUACCCGAGGGAAGGGUGUAUCCCUGAGGAAGACCUGAGGCCGGUUCCAAGGCCAAUGCUCCACAAGAUCUCCCAGCCUUUGCUCACUAACAAGGAGGAGCAGGCCAAGGUGGCCUGGGAACAUGGCAUCAGUGAAGAAUAAAUGAAGAGUAAGGUUAAGCUUUAGUUUGAUAGGUGGUUGGGUUUUGGGAAAAUCCAAAGAACUGUUGGGUUUGAACGUCUACUCUACUUCCCAUGUAUCCAGUGUAGGUAUUUUGAAACCUUUUAAGAAGUGCUUGACAUGUUGCUGAGUUUCUACAUGCUUUGUUGUAUGCUUAGUGGUUUUUGAUUGGGAGUUGCCCAGGAACCUUGAGUUCAAACGGCUUGUAGAGCCCAAUUUACUUCCCCUCAUUAGUAUCAGUUUAUUGAUUGGAUAAUAUAGAUAUGGUCCCGAAAGGUAUGAAAACAGACUUUCAGAUGAAAC